AUGACCAAUUGGCUGCUGGAUGUACAACAUCAUAAAAACAAAAUACUUCUAGUUCUCGAGUAUUUGGAAUUCAAUCUAUGGGAGUUCAUGCGUAAAUUCCCAUCAACCGCUAAGGACCUACACAUCAUAAAAAUUCUUCAUGGUGUUUCAUAUUGUCAUUCACAAAAAAUUAUCCAUCAGGAUUUGAAGCCACGAAAUUUGCUGAUAGAUCGAAAUAAAAUACUGAAAAUUGCAGACUUUGGAAUGUCCAGGUCAGUUGAUGUCCCUCUCAAGAUAUACACAAAGAAGGUGGCAAGUCUUUGUUAUAUGGCUUCUGAAAUCCUGUUCGGCGAUGGGCAGUAUUCUGCUCCUGUAGAUAUUUGGCUUUUGGGCACUCCAAAUGAAGAAACCUGGCCUGGAGUGACCUCAUUGUUUCCUUGCCUUUGUGAAAUAAUCCAGAGUCCUCCUCAGGACCUGGCAGAAGAAGUCCCAGGCCUCGAACCUGCGGGAGUUGAUCUUCUUUCUGAAAUUUUGAAGGCUAUAAUUUUACACCGGGCUUGCACAAGCAUUUUGUCUUUCUUUUGUGUAGACUUAAACCAGCUUAAAUCAUAUUACCCAUACGCCAACCAAGAUGCCCUUCGUGCUGCACUCCGAUACCGUCAUUGUGGUUGGGUUGAGCUGCUUAACUUCGAACCGACCUACCGGUAUAGCAGAAUGAAGAAGACCAGGGUGACUGAUUUUCUCCUCGAACCAUCACCUGAACCGGACCCAAACUCGUCCCAAAUCAACCUUAUUCCCUUUACGGAAGAACAAGAAAUGGCCAAGCGCCGUGCUGUCCGCGCCUUAAUCACCGAACAAACCAUAACUCCAAUUGCCGAGGUUCAAACCGAGGCACCACAGGCCGGUUAG